GUGUGGCCUAUUCAUAAUGGCAGAUACAGAUACUCCAGAAUACACUAUACUUAAAGAUCACCUCGCUGAUAUUAUUGAUUUAUUAUCUGGGAAUGCUCCAGUCAUUGCACAAUUUUCAAAUCACCUCUUUUCAUCUAGUCUCAUUCCUAAAGAGGUACAUCUCAAUCCUAAGAGCAGUCCUUUAGAUAGAGCCACCCAGCUUAUUAAUUCAGUUUUUUCUACAAUUGGAACUCAUUCUAAUCCUAGCGAUGUCUUUCGUGGGCUUGUUACUUCAUUGGAAAAGGUUGGGCUCACUGACAUGGCUAAGAAACUUCAACAGAGUCUUGGAGUGAAAACCCAUAGCAUUCAGCCACUUAUAGCAGCUGUUUCCCAAUCACCAACUGUGAUUCAACUCAGCUCUAAAGACGAAGUAGCACAAAACAUUGACAGUCUCUACGACCAAUUUUCUGACCUUGUUACAGAUCUUAGGGAUCGAUUUGAAAAAUUAAUAUCUGAGGGUAAAAUAAAACUAAUACAAGUUACUCGACAAGCUGCAGAAUAUUUACGAAGGCCAGUGAAAAGCUUACAAGCAGAUGACAUUGAUGAAUUAUUUGACUCUCUUCAGCCUCAUUAUGAUUUUCUCAACUGUAGCUUACUUAGAAAGCUCAUGAAUAAGUUUCUUGUAGGUGAUGAAUUGCAGUUGUCAUUAUCGCAAUAUAUUGGUAGCAUGGAUAAUCUUUUAGAAUCAUCCCAAUUGAAGCACAUUCGAUCAACCAUCAAAGACGAGACACCUACAGUGCAUGCUACAUAG